UUUUUUUUUUUUUUCGUGACAUCAUACAGUCAAGAUCAUCUGAUGUCCCAUGGACCAAUGAGAUGAUGCGGAUGGGAAUGAGUGAUGGAUGGAUGUCCAAGAUGUCCCAUCUUCGUCCUAUCAUCGACUUGCGUGAAGCUAGGCGUGAAGCUAAGCGCCUUGCUGCGCUGAAAAGACAACAGGAGGAGGAAUCCGCUUCGACGGCGAAGCCAGUGGGGGUGUUGUCGGAGGAGACGGUACCUUUUACACAGGUACCGAAGGAAGAUUGGUCUCCGACUUUUCCUUCGGACGUGGCACUAGGCAAGCGUGCAUUGGCGAAGCCUGAAUAUGUGCCAGCAUCACAACCUGACGAGGAGGAGGAUGAUUUGCCCCAGGGUCAGGGUGCCACAGGCGAGGAUUAUGAGACUCAGCCCCUCGAGGAAGAUGAUGAUUCGCCACAGGAUCAGGGUGGCACGGACGAGGAUUAUGAGGCUCAACUCAUCGCAGCUCAUCUGGAAAUCGAGGAACUUCGCAGUACCCUGAAACGUGAGCGGGAUAUAAUUUACAAGGAUGAAGGCACUCAGGUGGAUCGAAAGACAGCAGAGCAGGGGGUUCAAGUUGAAGCGGAGGACGAUAGCAGGAAAGAGCAACGUCCUCCCAUUCUAUUUGUCGCAGAACCAUUGGAAUGUAAUGCUCAUUGUGUCAGUGUCUUCAAAAUCAUCCAGCACAAGCUUGAGCUGAGAUGGGGCAUAAUGACGUCCUAAUAUAGCUCCUGUUCCAUCUUUAAGGAU